CAAGAACCACCUUUGCAGUUGCUCCUCUGGGACCUUCCCUCCCUCCAUUCCUCUUCUGCUUAUCAAUAAACGCUCAAACCGAGGCAAAUUUUUUGCCUUUUUUGUUAAUUUAUUUUCUUUGUUUUUUCUCUUCUUUUUAUUUUUAAUUGUAAUUUCUUCUGAAAAUCCAACUUAUAUUUGUUAGUUUCUUCAUCAAAACCACUGGAUUCUUUGCCUUCCCAAGUGGGUUUCAGUUCUAGAGAGUGGAAAUCCCCAGGCCCGUGUCGAUUUCUGGGGCAUCCGACCGGAUUCUCUUGCUGACCCAGGUUACAAAAUUCCCUCUUUUACUACCUUGUCUCUUUUUUUUUUUUUGGUCCCCUUCACCUCCGCUGCUGCGAUGGUGUUCGAUCUUGUGGUGGGUUUUCCCUGUCCCUUGGAUUUUAUGCGCUUCCGGUAGGUGAGCAGCCGCAGUUUAGUUCCGGUCCUUUCAUUUUCCCCUUGAUCUAAUGGGCUGAUACCCAUAAAGGGAAGGAAGCCAUGGGGGAAUAUUGCGGGCAGGAUGGUGAUGAGCGGUUCUUCGAUGCUCGCGAGGAGACAUCUUCUGUGUCUGAUUGGAGCAUAGAUUCCUCUGACGGCUGUAGUUCAAGUCCCAGGGUUGUAGACGACAUCUUGGAGGUUUUGAGACAUGAAAUUUGGACUAAGUGCCCGGAGAGCGUGAGGGAGAGACGGAAUCGGUUCCUGAACUGGACCGGUUUGAACUACGAUUGGAGUCUAAUCGAGAGGGAGGAGUCUUGGCCUUCGUUUCAGGAUGAAAUCGAAGUCGAUAAAGGGAGAAUCGCUGCAGACAGUGGGGCUAUACUUAGGGAUUUUGAUUAUUCUUUUUCUUGCAUCCAUUCUUCUAGAUCGAAUUGGGCACUGGAAUCAACCUGCUAUGAUUCUCGGGACGGGAGUUUUGGGGCUAGGUGUAAGGAUUCUGACGAUGGAGUUGAGGUCGUAGUGGGUGAAUUCGUAAGACGAAGCAGGGUGCUUAUGAGAGUAAAGGAAAACGGUUUAAGUCAUUCUGGAAGCAUUGAAGAACUGAGGAGAGUAGUCGGUUCUUCUUCCCCUUUGAUUCGUCCGUACUUCCAUGGAAAAUUAGACCACGCAAAGGAGUUGGGGGACCCCAAACAGAAGAUGAAGAUGGGUUGGUUGAGGAAGCUUGGUGUGGCAGCUUGUGUUAGUGGUGGAAACAUUGAUGCUAUUUCUAAGCCCGAUGAUCUCGAAUUAGUUGCGGGGUUGAAGAUGCGCAAGGUUCGAACCCAUUCCCGUAAGAAGAAGUACAAAGAACUGUCUUCCCUCUAUGCAGGACAGGAGUUUCUUGCACAUGAGGGCUCCAUUUCUGCCAUGAAGUUUAGUGUCGAUGGGAGAUACUUGGCAAGCUCGGGAGAAGAUGCUGUCGUUCGGGUUUGGAGGGUGAUCGAGGAAGAAAGAUUGGAGAGGAUUGAUGUCUCUGAUUUGGACUCCUCGUGCCUUUAUUUUGCUAUAAAUGAGUCCUCAGAGUUGGCCUCCCUUAAUGUGGAUAAAGAGCAUUAUCUGGGUAGGGCGAAAAGGAUCGGGAGGCAGUCAGAGUCCUGCUGUGUCGUCUUGCCUUCAAAGGUCUUCCAUAUAUUGGAGAAGCCCUUGCAUGAGUUUUAUGGACACUUGGGCGAGGUCUUGGACCUUACCUGGUCGAAGAAAGGGUAUUUGCUCUCGUCUUCUGUGGAUAAAACGGUUCGCUUGUGGCAAGUGGGAACGGACAGAUGCCUGAGAGUCUUUUCGCACAAUAACUAUGUGACAUCGAUAAAUUUCAACCCUGUUGAUGAAAAUUUCUUCAUAAGUGGAUCAAUAGAUGGAAAAGUUCGUAUCUGGGAGGUGCUUUCUGGAAAGGUUGUUGAUUAUAUUAGUAUGAGAGAGAUUGUCUCUGCUGUGUCUUACCAGUCUGAUGGAAAGGGAGCAAUUGUGGGUACAAUGAAUGGCAACUGUUGUUUCUAUAGUAUUGAAGAUAAUCACUUGCACUUGGAUGCUCAAAUAUGCGUGCACAGCGGAAAGAAAUCUCCAGGCAAAAGAAUAACUGGAUUUCAGUUUACUCCGAGUGAUCCGAGCAAAGUAAUGGUCACUUCUGCUGAUUCCACAGUGCGAAUAUUAAGCGGGCUUGACGUCAUCUGCAAAUUUCGAGGUAGUUCGGGAUGCCAUUCGAUUGCAUCCUUCACGUCAGAUGGAAAGCACGUGAUAUCGGCAAAUGAAGAUUCGAGCGUCUGCAUCUGGAACUACACCAAUCAGGAGAAGACACGAUCAAGAGCAAAGAGCGUGCUAUCGUGCGAGAGUUUCUUCUCCGAUAACGUGUCCAUUGCUAUCCCCUGGUGUGGCCCCAUGCACUCCAUGCAAAGAGAAGAUGGGCAGAUUGAGAGUGGUCCGACAAGUCAAACCCUCGACGACUACUUUGACCAGAAGAUGCUGCCCUUUUCUUCUUCCCCUGACUGCUUCUCUCUGGGCCGAGGGUUCCUCCUCGAGCUCCUGCCCAAAGGGUCAGCGACUUGGCCGGAGGAGAAGCUAUCAGAUUCGAGCCCAGUGAUUGUUUCCCCUUCGAUGUGCAGAUCAGAAUACAAGUUCUUGAAGAACGCACUAUCAGACUCUCCCCACAUGUGGGGCCUCAUAAUUGUCACUGCCGGGUGGGAUGGGCGGAUCAGAACGUAUCACAACUAUGGGUUGCCGGUGCAUUCUUGAAACGAUCCGAGGACUUACACUAUUCGAUUCAAAGUAAGGUUUCUUACCUUUGUAUUCCAUAAGACAUAUCCGUCGGAGAUAGUAAGGUUUAGUAUGUAUGUAUGUAUGAAUCGUGCCACAGCGAAGUUAGAGUGGCCAUUGUAUGUGUUUAGUAUAGAUCCACAGGGGUGUGAACCGACACCAUUUUUUUUUUUUCCAAUUUUACUCUCCCCUACUCAGUUGUAUUGGGUGCAAUGGUGCAUAUGAGGGUUAAAUCAUACAUGAUUCUUUUAUUUUUUCAAUGUCAUGAGAAAAUUGUAGCUAUAUAUAUGUGCAAUUUGUUUACAUAAUAUCUUUUAUGGAA